AUGGUUCCUAUCAACUAUCAACAUGCCGUGCAAGAAUCACAUCUUCGUCGCCUGGAACAACAACAGCAUCAUCAACAACAACAACUAGUCUCUGCUUUCUCAGCCUAUGCUGGAAGACCAAUUUGGAUCCCCUCCAUGGUCAGCGUUCCCGCAUCAGAACCGUCUUUCCUAUCGUGCCAAACAACGCAAACGCGUCCGCCGUGUCCUCCUACGGCCACUGCAGGAGUCGCAGCACAAAGCACUACUACUACUAACACCGCAAGACCCAUGGCAACGCCAUCGCAAGCACAAACAACGCAAACACAGGCACAACCAGCCCCAAGUGCCGAUGAAGUCUGUGCUGCUAGCGUCUUGAUUAGCUUUACUCCCAAGGAAGGAACUACCGUUUCCAAUGCUCCAAGCCCGGUUCCGAGCAUGGUGAGCGAAGCUGUGGUAAUGCCAAAGAGCCUUCGAGACUCUCCUGGACAUGUCACGGAUUCCUGCACUUCCAGUGCCGCUUCGGCUUCCAACUCUUGCAAUGAGGAAGACGCGAGUGUCUGUCAUUCCGCGGCUCUAGGAUCCACGGCUGAAAAUUUUCCCAGCUAUCCUCCGGAUCAAAAGUGGCACUCGGGUUGCAUUUCCCUCUCUCUUCCAGAAGACGAAGAGGUCCUUUCUCCUCUGCAUUGCUUCAUGAGACGCUAUUGCGUAGAAGCUUUUACCGCCGCUCCUCAAGAUGUUGCCACUCCUCGCUAUGGCAAGUCUCACGGACUCAAGGUGGUGACUGGACAAGUAGGGAUUCGCUGCAUGUACUGCAAGCAUCGCCCUGUCGGCAAGCGUCCAGAACGUGCCGUCUGCUAUCCAUCUUCUCUCAAGAAUAUUUACCAUUCCAUUGAAACAUGGCAACGCCGUCACUCUUUGGUUUGUCCCGACAUUCCAUCCUGGGUUCGCCAAUCCAUGGUGGAUUUGAUGGAAUCCUCCAAGUCAAGAGCUGGUGGAAGACGUCAAUAUUGGGAAGAUUCUGCCACCCGCUUGGGCAUGGUGGACACUUCCAGUGGCGUCCGUUUUAUCCGCCAACCAGGUGCUGUGGAGACUGCUCCUUCCAUCAACCCCACUGGCUUUGUUCCAAACAAGGUAGUGGCAGACGAUGACAAGGAAAUGGUCACGGACUACUUGUUCUUGCUCAUGGAUCAAAUGGAAACUUGCCAGUUCACGGAAGAAGACCGCAGUGGUGGCCGAUCCAAAAUCAAGAACAACACGGUUGGCUUUCCUGGAAUGCAAUGCAAGCACUGUCAAGGCAAGGCGGGCUUUGGCCGCUACUUUCCCUCUUCGGUCAAUGCUCUCGCAUUGGCCAACAGCGACCGCAAUAUCAACAAUCACUUGCAAAAGUGCCGUCGCUGUCCUACGGAAAUCAAGCAAGAGCUGGCCCGCCUUCAGAAGGAUUCCACUCAAGGCAAGAAUCGUCGUGGACUUCGCAAACUUUUCUUUCGAAGAGUCUGGGAGCGAAUCCAUGGACCGAUGGAUGCCUAA